AUGUUCGAAAUGAAAAACGACGUUUCUAAUGGGAACUUUGCAAAACCAUUCCAAGUCCUCGAAGUAACUAAAGAUCGUGCAGUGUACUGCGAAGUUUUACCAACAACAAAUAAAGAGGAAGUACCAGAGUUCAUUAGAAUCGGUCAACGUCUUCGAAGAAAUUCUGCACUUUUACGAAAGUGGGAAUCGGAAGACACACGCAAGGAUAACCAGAAAAAAUUGGAAACCCCUGAAGUGUAUCCGCAUAAAAUUCGAAGAGCGUUCUCACCCCAUUUCGUGGAAAUACCAACACUUUCGAGUAACGCACGUGUGGUUAGCGAUGACUUUUAUGAAGAACCGGAGCGUUAUCAUUCUGAAAUAACUUCGCCACCUGAUCCCGAUUCAGCAAGAGAAAGAACCUCGCAGAUUUCUGAAAAGGAGUCUGCUGUUUUUGUACGAACUGACGAUAUCUCGCCAACUACUAAUGCGAGCCCACCACCUGAGGAGCCGAAGCCAUCACUGGAUCCGAACGAUUACUUCCCCAAAGCCUGUGGAGCAGAAAAUCACAUCUCGAGCCUGGCGCAAAGUUCACCAGAUCGGAUUAUUCCUCCUAACAAUGAUGGGAUCGGAGUGAUUGAAAUGCAGCGUUUGUUGAACAAAUUCCAACGGGCUAGGAGCGAACGUCCAAC